CUUUUUCAGCGUUAAAUGCAGCAGUGAAGAUGCGCUUUGCAGUGCUGACUGUUGGUUUGGUGCUGCUGGUUGGGCUGUCCCCAGCAAACUCGACUCAACCAGAUUGCGACCCGGAACCGGAAGAGUGCAACCCUGAACCCGAAGAAUGCAAUCCUGAACCGGCUUGUGAACCCGAUCCCCCAGUUAGAAAUACCAAACCGCCAGUAUGCAAUACUGAACCCCCAGUUUGCAAUACUAAACCACCAGUUUGUAGCACUCAACCUCCGGUUUGCAGCACCGAACCACCAACCAAAGCUUGCAGCACUCAACCGCCGGUUUGCAGCACUGAACCUCCGGUUUGCAGCACUGAACCUCCGGUUUGCAGCACUGAACCUCCGGUUUGCAGCACUAAACCUCCGGUUUGCAGCACUGAACCUCCGGUUUGCAGCACUAAACCUCCGGUUUGCAGCACUCAACCUCCGGUUUGCAGCACUCAACCUCCGGUUUGCAGCACUCAACCUCCAGUUUGCAGCACCGAACCACCAACCAAAGCUUGCAGCACUCAACCUCCAGUUUGCAGCACCGAACCACCAACCAAAGCUUGCAGCACUGAACCUCCGGUUUGCAGCACUGAAACUCCGGUUUGCAGCACUCAACCGCCGGUUUGCAGCACUGAACCUCCGGUUUGCAGCACUCAACCUCCGGUUUGCAGCACCGAACCACCAACCAAAGCUUGCAGCACUCAACCACCGGUUUGCACUACCAAACCACCAGUUUGUAGCACACAACCACCACCCACAGUUAGCACACCCAAGCAAGCUCACUGCGAAAAAACCAAGCAACCCUCUUGCGGAAAAAUCAUCAAAAGAUCACACCACCAAACCAUCAAGCAUCCGAAGAAACCUAUCACAAUAACUCAUAAUCAGCCGGGAUGUGGAUCUGGAGGAGGAUCUGGAUGUGGAUGCAAGAGUCUGCCACCUAAGUGCCCCAAUUCCCAACCGAAGCCCCAGACAAAUUGUAAUCCUGAACCUAAAUGUAUAAGCCAACCCAAGCCCGAACUCAAGGCAAAACCCCAGCCGAAGCCCCAGCCGAAACCCCAGCCGAAACCCCAGCCGAAACCCCAGCCGAGACCCCAGCCGAAACCCCAGCCGAGACCCCAGCCAAAACCCCAGCCAAAACCCCAGCCAAAACCCCAGCCAAAACCCCAGCCGAAACCCCAGCCAAGACCCCAGCCAAAACCCCAGUCAAAACAACAGAAAGCGCAGCCUAAGAAACGUGGUUGUAAAUGAAGAAUGGAAUAACAAGAUUUCGGAAUGGCUCUAACAAAUUAAAAAGCAUCAAUACAAAUAUUUUUCUUUAAUAAAUAUAAUUAUAUAUAAACCUA